AGUAUAAUGGUGACUAAAGCCUCUGCAUUGCCUGGUGGUUUUACCUAAUUCUGGUACUCUGGGUGCAGUAAGGGGAUAGAGUUCAAGGAGGCAGAGAUAAGAUAAAGGGCACAGAGAUAAGGUCAGUGUGGGGAAAUCUUUCAGGAGAGGGGCCUGUGUGAAUGCAUGAUGAAAGGAGACAGCAGGCUGUGGAUUUUGGUGAAAAUGGCAGAUGAUACGGGUAGAGUGGAUGUAAAACUUUGGAGCCUGCAUAUGAGUAAUCUCCGCCAACCUGUGUUCAGGCUGUUGGACUGUCUGUGGCUGUGAGAGAGAGGGCGAAGACCUUGCUUGAGUAGCUGGCUGAUGGCUGGUGGAAAACAUAUUUGAAUGCAUCUAGUCUUCUUCCUGGAGGAAGAUGUUCAUUGCUGGCAGCUUUACAGAAGCCAAGGAAUGCCAAGGCUCUCUGAGUCCUAAACCUUGCAGUGGUUCAAAUAAAGAGAAAGGCCCAGUGAGCCCCUGGGCAUGGAAGGCAGUGUCUACAGAGGCUUUUGAGGGAUGAAGGAAAGAUAUUUUUUAAUAUCUAACUAGUUCUCAGAGUUUUGAAACACUUUCACGUAGCAUGAAAUAAAGUAAUUUUGCAAGCGCAGUGCUGGGUGAAGCCUGUGACCUUUGGGUUUGUGCCUUGAUGGUGGCUUCUCUCUCUGUUCUCUGAAGAAUGAGAACAAGUGAGCUCAUAUUGAACCAUUCCUUUAUGUGGGAAUGCUAUUCCCCUUGAACACACGUUUUCCAGAACUACAGGAACAGAAAUUUCUCUUCUAUAUACAGCUGUAUAUCUCACAUUUUCUUAUGAAACCAGGCUGGAGUUAUGGACUAGGCACUGGAUGUAAUGGAGGCUUUUUGAGAGGGGUAGUGGAGGGAUUGGAAAACUGGAUUAGGAAACAUGAAAGCAAGAAAAGAAAAGCAAGUGAGGAAUGGCUAAGUGGAUAGAAUGAUCCAUCACAUGAGACCUAUCCUCAUGUGUGUCCAACAGCCUUGGAGAGGAGAUUUGCACUGGUAAGAUGGGCAGAGGAGCAGCUGGAGAAUCAUCAGAGAAUGCCAGGAAGCACAGAAGGGUCUUAGGCCAAAACCUAAGCUGAGCUAGUAAAACACUGGUUUUGCUGGCCCUGCAGCAAUGGGAUUUGCCUUGGGCUGCUUGCAUGGGAAGCUGAUAAGACUCGGCAAAGUCUGACCUCCUGUGGGUAAAACUGGGAAUUACUAGGAGAUAAUUAAGCAAAUCUUUUUCCUAUCACGUGCCAGCAUCUUAAUGAGAGGUUUGCUCAGUGGUGUGGAUCACUUCUCAUCCACUUGCAGCAGCCAGACCUGGUUCUGCCCCUCUAGAUGAGAUGCUGAUGUUACUCCUGGCAAUGUAGGUGAGGCCAAUGGUCCCAAAACUGGGAGAGUGCUGGUGGAUUUUUUAAUGAUACAAAAGGAAUGUGGUCAUGAAGGCAGCCAAGCCUCUGUGACUGCAGGAAGUACUCAGUGGACACCGUGUUUUCCGUUUGGUUGGAUGGGUUGCAUCCCUGUUUCUUUGUCCCUUCCCCAACUCUGGCAGCUCUUGCCUUUUAGGGUUGAGGAGUCACAUUGUACCAUGAAUGUGAAACGUUGUCUUCUGGUACUGGGUAAUCCUCUUGGUGUGGAGAGAGGAUUUGUGAGAAAGGAAUUAGCAGUUUCCCUUUAGGAUGACUUUAAUCCCCCCCCUCCAUGAGGAGACUGAAGUGAUGUGUAGUACAUUCCCAGCAUAUUGCACCAGGUAUUCCAGAGUGGAAUGUUGCUUGUUAGGGUCCAACUUUGGCUGCAGGUGCUGCUGUGGUGUUCCAUACCUGGUAGGGUCCAGUCCACAGAGAUUCCUCUGGCUAUUGGGCAUCUUUGGAGCACUCUUACCAACUCUUGACUCUGGAGGAGGAGAGUUCAUUGCAGAAGGAUCUUGCACAUGACAGUUUUCCUCCCCCCAUAUGGUGCCUGCCUCAUGAUCUGUGGGAUCUUAGGGAAUGACUAAUAAUCCAAGGGCUUUUCCUGGGAGGGUGAUUCUGAAGGAGUUUGGUUUAUUCUAAGUGCAGUUGUAUCUUAUAAGCACCAGGGACUGUUGGUCAGUCACGUGCUACAGAUAUGGAUAGAUAAUGAAACGUUGCUUAAUUUAUGCCCUGCGCUGUAUUUGAUGUUGUCUUGAUCCCUUUCUUUCCCCCACACUCUACUGCACCAGCUCAAACACAGCACUGCCUUUUCGCAGGAGGCUCAUUGGCUUUCAUCAGGCAAAGCAGGAACUUUUUUUUGGAAUUGGCGUCCCUCAUGGUAUUAUGUCUCUGGGCUCCUGGCUCUGGGUCUUCAGGGUCUCUGGUGCAUUUACCUCAUAGUGUGAUUGAGCAGAAGCAGUGAGGGACCUGCAGAGUUCACAGCAAAGGUAGCUGGACAAGUAAGUUCAAAACCAGGCUGUGAACCCAUGGAUCUGCUUCUUAGAGACCUGAGAAUAGGCUGAACCUCCCGGUGAAGGAUAAGAGAGUAUGGUGCCCAGACAGCCUCUGCCUGGAGAGGGAUCCUGUCUGUCCCAGCCAAGCAGCCAGGGCAGGCAUAGCUCUCAAGAGGGCUUUACACCAAAAUCCAUGGCACUGGGUGCUCUCAGGCCUGCCUGUGUUUUCCUCUAAGGCAAAGCAGAACCUGCAAUUAGUGUUUCCAGAAGGUGUGAAAUAGAGCUGGAGGAAAAGCAGGCUUGGUGAUGAUCUGGCCCAGGCCUGGUCCUUGCAGCCUUCAUACCUGUGCUGGAGCGUGAAUUGCUACUCUGUGCUGGUGCCCCUCACCCCUCUGCAAACUCUGUUUUCAUUAGUGUGUACUCUUUGGUUAAGGACCCUUCUCACUUCCAGCUGAACAAACACUUUCCAUCGCGUGUAAAAUCCAGCUUGGUGCUAAUAGGCGUCUCCCCCCACCUUCCUCCCUCCCCUUUAGCACCUUUUCUGCAGUUGGCAGGACAAAAAAGUGUCGCUAUUACCUGACUUAUUAUCAGCGUGGAACUGUGAUUUAUGACAUAUGCUUGGUAGAGUGCCACGCUGAAAACAUUUAUGGCCCUCUUUGAGUCCUGCGGGGUGGUGGGGAGAGCAAUGGCUGUGGAGGGGAAGCCAGUUGUUCCACCCUUGCAAAAUACAGCAAAGUCUAAAGGCUUCCUUUGCCUUCUGACAGCAGCACUGUGGGCAGUAGGCUCCCUGCUCUGCCAAUGUCAGUGGGUUGAGACACCAGUGCUCAGAACAGAUGCAAGGUUUCCCUGUCCUUAGGAAACACACAGUUUCUCCCUUGGGAAAUUUGUUGAACUCCCUAUCUUUACUGCUUUUAGUCCUGUACAAUCUUACCCCUCAGGCAGGAUCUCAGAACCCACCUUCCUCAUGUUCCUCAUAUGAGUGUCACCUCCUUUUUCCUCCCCUGGCUUCAAGUCCCUGUUCUCUCAUGGGAGGGUCUGCAGCAGCUGCCCUAUGUGCAGCAGGUCAAGCACAGCAGCUGUGAAAGGCAGGCAUUACAGUAGGACAGCUACCCUCCAGCAGCCAGGUUCACGCUCUGUCUGAAGGAAACAACCUGAUCAUUUAGUUCUCCAUGUCUGGAUUUGAGCUGAAAUUGUGCUGUGGAGAGAAGGGGACAAAUGAAUUGUCAUUGCUGUAUGUGGGCUAGAUUUGAAUAGCAAUAUAAGGGACUGGGGAAAGUCCUGGCAGCAGCGACUUUUUCAGUGACUGAAGAGAGAUUUAUGAGAAAUGAGACUUUAUAUCCAAGUCUUGAGAUGAGUGGUAUGGAAAUUUGGCAUGGGAAAGAGUUUUUUACACUAGGCUAUUUGCUGAUAACUGAAAAGUUAAUGCUGACUGUUGAGCUCCUCUCAGGAAAACACCAUCAUUCAUCUUUUAGAGGUAUUUGGACUGUCUGCUCUGUCCACUUGUUCAAAGGAUGGGAGCGGAUAUCAUCCAAACCAUUUCCCAGUUUCAGGAGCACACUUUCCCUGAAGCUGCUCAGUUAGAAGGAGCAUUUGCUUGGCCUGCAGUGAGGCAGGCUCUCUGUACACUGUAGGGAAGGAUCACGUGGCAGUUUGUCCUCUUUCUUUGGUUCCGGCUUUGCCAGCUGCUGGGUGAGAAGUAGGUCUCUGCAGCCCUCUGCUUCAACAGUGCCAUGUGUGCAUCCGUGUGCUGGAGCUAAAGGAGACGUUCUGGCUGGGCUUGAGUCCUGAGUGCUCUCUGCUACUUGCUGUCUGAAGGUUUGCAAGGCUCCCCGGCUUGGACCAGUUCUGUUUCUUUCAUAUGGGAGGCAGCUGCAUUUGUCUCAAUAAUUGUGUUUCCCUGUUGCUGUGUACUGCUGAGGACUUGGUGAAACAAUGAAGAUGUGAAGCAUUUCUCUUUCCCAGGACCUCAUUGCACACCCACCAGCCCCCGGAGGUGGGAAGUGCAGCACAGCCGGGACAACCUGCCCGAGGCACUGGGCCCAGAGCAGCACAGGAAUUCCCCCAGUUUAAGGUCAUAGCAUCGGAGAGUGCUUUUGCCCACUUCUUUAAAGAACAUCUGGUCCGUGCUCCUUGAAAUCUUUCUGUCCGACCUGACCUCGAGCACUGCCAGGGAUGGGGCAUCUCCAGGGACACUCACCACAGGCUCAGGGAUCAGAAUCUGCUUCCAGGACUGCAUGAGCAUUUCUGCCCCCUGCUCCAGUCUGGGGCUGCCCCUCUGUGCCCAGGCUGUUGGAAUCCCAUGAGAACAGCUUGUGAGACUUCAGGACUUGUCAAAGCUGAAGUUGAACCCUUGUCCCAGGCUGGCUGGGUGCCCACAGCCCAGCCAGUCCUAAUCUGGGGCUGUACACUGCCCAUGUUUAAUGAGGUAUUGUGUACGGAUGUGUCCGGCUGUGUGUAUGCACACGUUGUGGGCUCUGGGUGUCUCGCUCAAUGUUUGCAUCAGUCUGUUAGUGAGUUUGGGCAUCUGGGGCUGUUUCCCCUGCCUGAUUAAAUAUUUCCCCAGAAGCAAGUUUGUGUAGCCGAGGAUCUUACCGCAUGUGUCGGUGUCUGGACGGGGAGGAGCUCACAGCUCUCCACGUGUGCAGAAUUUGCACAGUAUCUGUGCAUCAUGCUGGGCUGUCCAAGUUGCUUCUUCCACCGUCAGCAUAUGCUGAGUGAUGGCAGAUGGGUGAGUGGCCAAGGAAUGGCUAGAUCAGUGCAGAACAGGAUGGGCUUCCCCAUCAGUGGUGGGCAACAGUGGGGACCAAUACUGCUCGUGGCUAUUCUCUCUCCUCAAGGGCAUGUGGAGCCCAGCCUGGACACUAUCCUGCAUCCCAUGGCCAUGGAAGGAGGACAGGGCAUCCCUGAGGCUUGGAUGCAGCAUCAGAGAUGAACCCAUCACUUGCAGUGAGGUGCUCUGUGAGGGGCUGCUGGCAGCUGUUGUGGCCCUGGGCCAGGCUGUGCCUCAAGUCCGGCUGGGCCUCCUCUAACUCAAGUGGCUCUACGGUUCAGGAGACACCCCCACUGCCCAAACAGCACAUGAUAGACAAGGCAGUGCCUGUGUGACACUCUGUUCCCAUGUCUCUUCCCUCCUGCUCUCCCUGCCUCCAGCCCGAGGAGUGUCCCUCCAGCUGGGUCAGUGCCUGCAUCAUCCUGCAGGCCCUGCAGGGUGCAGGGCUGGCAGCCACAGGAGGUGGGAGGAUCACAGCCUCCUGCACAUGUGCUGUCCAACCUGUCAGCACCUCCGUGAGGCAAAGCCCGUGCUGGCUGGGGAUGUGCCCCCCAGCUUUCUCCCUUUGUCAUGAAGAGCUAAGCAUGCGUGCCAGAAAGCUCACCCUGUGGUAGAAGCCAUCCAUCUCCUCUGGAGCUCAGCAUUCCCUCCUUGCUCCUUGGCCGCAGGGGUUUUUGGCUGCAGAUAUUUACCAAGCAAUUUGCAUCCAAUUACAGAAGCCUGAAAGGCUGGGAGGAUUUUCCUUCUAGUUUCUCGCAACCAAAGCCAACUUGUCCGAAUUACAACCUAGGAAGCAUCUCAUUAGUAGGGAGUGAGGUCUCCAAAACAUAGAGUGCUUGGAAAACACUGCCAGAGGCAUAGGAAUGUGGGCUGGCUGGCAGGCGAGUUGGUGAGGAGCCUGUUUGGUCACCAUCUUCUCUCACCCACGGUAAUUUUCCCCAUCUUUUCUUCUGUGGCACCUGAGUGGAGAGGAGAUGGGAUUUUGGAGGCUUCCAGCUCAUCACAUCACUUCCCUAUUCCCACUUUGGUUCAAAAGGUGUUUGAUUUUGCUGGGCUGAAGCACGAACUGAUCUUCCCACACAUUUAUUUUCCCUCCAGCUUCUCCUGCCUUUCCUCUCAGGCUGUGUAGUGUCACCCCAACCAGGAGGUGAAGAUCUAGGAGCAGAGUCAUGGGAAUGAUGGUUACAAAUGUUUAAUCACAUUAGUGGAAGUAGGAUCCUCAGCAGCAUCUGGCUGGUCUGUCUCUAGUGCCAUCCCAAGAGGCGGGGGCACAUCCCUCACCCAGCCUCAUGGACAUCUGCUCCCUGGUGUGACUGUCCCAGGGGGACUUAUGCCAGAGGCACCUGCGUGGAGCCUGCAUAGCCCCAAAACUUGCUGGAGGCUUUGUCUCAAGUGGGAUACAAGCUGGCACAGGGGCGAGGAUGUGGGGAGGAGGGGAGGCAGGAUCCAAAGUGAUCUGGUGACUACCAGCUGCGACUGCAGGGGAGCUUUCUGCCAAGGUUUGAGAAUGGGAGAGAUCAGGGAAGUGCAGCUGGCAGCUGUGCCUGGGCUUACAUGGCUGCGGGGUGACUCCUAUGCCAAUGAUUUAAUGCCCUUCCAAAAAUACUUCCCCAGAUACAGCUUGCAAGCAAACUGCUGAGCUAGCUUGUACCAGCGCUGAGGAUGGUGGCAGACACGGCUCCAGUGCCCUCCUCCCACCCAGCGCUUGGGGUGUGCCCACACAGUGCUGGCAGGACUGAGGGCACCUGUGUUUUGAGUGGCAUGGUGGGUGUGGGAGCCUGUUCCCUGGCUGCCGCCCUGUCCCAACAGAGCCUGUGGGUGCUGGUGGGGAGCCGCACCAUGACCCUGGCUCCUGGCCCACGUGGGGAGGGGUUUGUGCUCCCCUGCCAUGGCACCAUCUGCUCCCUGAGCUGCUGGCCAGGCUGAUGAUCCCUGCCCGCCUAUCUCCCAACCAUCCCCAGCUGCCUGGUGCCUGGGCAGGAGGAUCUAUGUGGGCUCUUGCUGCUGACGUGAAGGUGGCUAUUGAGCAGCCCUGGUCUGCUCCUGGCAUCACGUCACCUCUGCCAGCAUCUGGGUGAUAGCAUGCACUGUCUGCACUGUCUCUUAUGCCAUCAAGAGCCCCUCCUUUUCUUGCCAUCUCGGCAGCUGCCAGGCUGUAGCUUCUAUUUCAAGGUUGAAUUUGAUGAGCUCCAGCUUCCAAAGGGGUGAUCUUGUAAUGACUUUCCAAAUGAGUGUCACUCCUGUGUCCUCCAUGGCUGCGGGUUAGGAUGGACACAGCUCCCUCAGCACAAGGGGAUGGGUAAAGCCAAGCUGCCUGCACUAGCUCAGCCACCCUGCCCCCACACCACACCAGCCCCACUUGCAGGAGUGCUGCUGGGUUCCUCUGCUGUGAUGUGCUUCCCAGGGAGCCAGGCUGGCAGCAUGUGGGCCCCCACAUCCCCAGGACAUCCCAGUGUCCUGGUUCCAGGCUUCAAAGUGCCUGAGCCCCUUGACAUGACCAAAGUGAGUUUGGAAGAUGAGCAGCUCCUUGCUCCCCAUGAAGAACAUGUCCCACCAUGGGAAGAUGAGGUGUUUCCACCAGAGGAAGCUGCUCCUUGCCAGCAGGAGAGGUGGGAGAGGGUGGCUGGCCCUGCAGACACGGGAUUCAGGUCUCCUCACUGUCCCCGAUGAGCCCUUCUGUGUGGAUGAAUCAGAACCUCCUUUCCACAAGCCACUCCUGCCUGUCCCUGGGGGCUGCCUGCCCUUUGUCACUGCCCAUGGCACUGCCUGUCACUGUCCCCGGCCAGGCAAGGCAAGUCCCCUGCAAGCCCAUCCUGCACAGCCACUCCCAGUGGCACACCGUGCCCUGUGUCCUGUCUGGCCUUGCUGCUGGCACCCUGGGGAUGGCCACCCACCACUGCCCUGGCCUGCAGCAGUCCACAGCUCCAGCACACCCGACUGCCCGUCCAGCCUGCCAGCCCCGGGCAGCCCCGGGUCUUUGGGCAGCCCUGCCUGCUGUCCCUGGGGGCUGGGGACAGUGCGGGGGGCAGAACGCCCCCCAGGUGGCAGGGGGCUGAGAGGAGGAGUGGGAAGGGGGUUGGGAGGCAGGGCAGCCCACCGCCCGGCUCGGCUGCGCCUGUUCCCCUCCCCGGCCCCACCAGCCCAUUUAUUACCCCUCUGCCAUUCAUCGGGCCAGACAGAUGCCCCCAAAUAAAUACCCCCAGACAAUAGGGUGGGAGGGGCCAGCGAGGCUCCUCAUGAAUAAACAUGAGGGUAUUUGGACACAGUUUCCUCUCUUCGCAAAAUGGGACCGAUUGUGUGGCAGGCAUUUAAAAUUCAGCCGCGGUCGGGCUGUCUUCCAGUGUCCCCGAACUGCUGAGGUGCUUCAUUUAUUUCAUAAUUUCCCCUCCUCCCCUCUCGGCGACAGACCUGGCUCUUUUCACGCCUUGUCCUCCCUCUUUAUUUCCUUCUUGCUCCCUUUCUUUAUUUUUUUUUUUUUUAAAUCUUCCUUCCUUUUCCUACUCCUUGUCUCUUUCUCUCCUUGGCUUUUGUGCUGGGGGCCAUGACGAAUGGCUCAGAAAAGAGGGUGCUGUGAGAAACUGGGGCUGCUGCUGUCAGAGUGGGUGGUGAGGACUUGGUGCUCGAGGGGGGUGGAAGGGGUCUGCCUGAGAGCUCCCAGCUGGGGCUCCCACACGGGGCUGGGGGGGGGAGGCAGUGGGGUGAUGGGGGAUCCCAAGGGCUUUGCUGCCUGGGGGCUUGGAAGGACAAGGAUCGGGCUCCCUGCCUGUCCCUUGCCUGUGGGGAGACAAGCUUGCAGUGCCCACCCCAGCACAUCCAGAGUGGGCUCCAUGCACAGGAGGGAAAGGUCUACCCUCCUGUAUCACCCACUGGGGGUGAAAAGCAGCCCUGGUGGUGCUGGAGCACCCAAAAUUUGGGAGAUGCAGAAGGAAGAAGGAGAUACUUGUCCAGGCCAGGGCAGACCCAGUUUUGGUGGGAAUGAGUUUGCUGGACCCCUGACCUGUUCCCAUGCCUGGACAGCCCAGCAACACUGGUCUUUAGAUCCAGAAUGAGUGGCUUUUUGGGGACCUUGGACAACAGCAUCCCCACUGGGGUUCCAGCACCUCAAACCCACACAUGCCACUCAGUCCUGGGGUAAAGGUAGAACCAGAGCAGCAACAGAGAAUGGAGGGGUGGGAGCACCAGGACAUGGCCAGCAGUGUGGCUCAGCAUUCCAGGAGACCUGCCAGCACCCUGGUGUUUCAUCAACUAAGUGCUGAGGUCCUGAUGCCAUGCACCCCUGGGAAAGCCAGAAGAUGUCCAUGCAUGGGACAGCUGCAGAGUUUGUGGAACCUCCUGAGCUCCUUGCUGUGCUGCUGGGGCUUGGCAGGAGGAUGUGUGGAUGGGCAGAAUCCCGUGUCCAUCCUGCCCCCGGGGCUCUGCAGGCUGGGAUGAGCAUCACCCAGCACUGGGGAGCUGCAGAAAUUCCCUGGACAGCUCUGGUGUGUCACUCUACUGGGAGAAAACAUCUGCCUACCCCUUCCCCACCUCUGGGAUCCUCUGCCUGAAGGCGAGGCAAGGAAAAAGGGAGUUUCUAUCCAAGGGCUGAUAAGAAGCACACUUCAAGUGAGGUGUCACCUGCCAGACCAUCUGCCCCCUGGGACCUGGCUGGUAGGAGAGACCAGGGCCAUGCUGGCAGCAACAGGUGCUGGUGGGGAUGGAGGACACCACCAGCUGCAGCUUGGGGGUGGGCAGAGCCUCCAUCCAAAGCCCCGGGGGCUCUCUGUGUCUGGGAACUCCGUGUGGCUUCCUUAGCUCACGAGAGAACAACGGAGUGGGGGUCUCAGCCAGACCUGAGGGGUGUCACUGUGGAUGUGGGUGCUCUCUGCCGGGCAUUGCCCAGCGCCACCGCCCGCCAGGGCUGCCUGCCCCUCUGCCCCUCUGUCCCUCUGCCCCUCUGUCUCUGUGUCCCUCUGUCCCUCUGCCCUGCUGUCCCUCUGCCCCUCUGUCCCUGUGUCCCUCUGUCCCUCUGCCCUGCUGUCCCUCUGCCCCUCUGUCCUUUGUGUUCCUCUGUCCCUGUGUCCCUGUGUCCCUCUGCCCCUCUGUCCCUUGUGUCCCUCUGUCCCUCUGUCCCCCUGCCCCUCUGCCCCUCUGUCCCUCUGUCCCUCUGUCCCUCUGCCCCUCUGUCCCGCUGUCCCUCUGUCCCUGUGCCCCUCUGUCCCGUUGUCCCUGUGUCCCUCUGUCCCUCUGCCCCUCUGCCCCUCUGUCCCUCUGCCCCUCUGUCCCUCUGUCCCUGUGUCCCUCUGUCCCACUGUCCCUGUGUCCCUGUGUCCCUCUGUCCCUCUGUCCCCCUGUCCCUCCGUCCCUCUGUCCCUCCGUCCCUCUGUCCCUCUGCCCCUCUGUCCCUGUGUCCCUCUGUCCCUCUGUCCCACUGUCCCUGUGUCCCUCUGUCCCUCCGACCCCUGUCCCUCCGUCCCUCUGUCCCUCUGCCCCUCUGUCCCGCUGUCCCUCUGCCCCUCUGUCCUGCCGUCCCGCUGUCCCGCUGGCCGGCACGGCAGCUGCAGCCCAUGGGGGCCGGUGCUGGCAGGCUCGGGCAGCGGGAGGGCUCCUGCAUUACAAUCCGGUACAAUCUGUCCCCCUUCCUGCUGCCCAGCAGUGUAGGAGACGGUUACUGUUUAAUCCCAUUUGA